AUGUCAGUAGUUGAAGAUGAUCGCGUUUACAUGGACAUUGAUGACGAGUGGACGUUACAGGAUAUCACUCUUCAAAUUGCACAAUUUCGAAAGGAUACUGCGUUGGAAACACAAUGUGAGAGUUCCGUAACGCCAGACGUUAUCACCGCUUGCCUCGCAAAAUUGUCAAGUUCACCAUAUUCGUCCGUGGUCGUUGUGGACACCAAUUUCCUAAUUUCACACCUUGCUUUUCUCAAAAUGCUCAUUCUAGAAUAUGCUAAAAAAUAUAAAUUACUUGUCAUUAUACCUUGGAUUGUCUUAGAAGAGCUUGAUGGUUUAAAGAGCAGAUCUAAUAAUUCAUAUGUUAAUUCUUCUAAAUCAAAUCAACCUGACGUGGCAAAUUUGGCUCAAACAGCAAUUUCUUUUUUACACAACUGUCUUGCUGAAAAACAUGAUGGAAUACGUGGACAAAAAAUACAUGAAAAAAUUGAAAAACCCAAGAAUAAUGAUGAUAAAAUAUUGGAUUGUUGUAGGUAUUUUCAAACUACAACGCGAAAUUCUAUAAUACUAUUAUCAAAUGAUAAGAAUUUAUGCAUUAAAGCAAUGGUUCAUGAUAUACACGCAUUUUCAUAUCAGAAAGCUAGUGGAUUAGAGGAAUUAUUAGAAAAAAUUUUGUCUACUGACAAUUCAUCAUCUGACACAGUAUCAUACAAACAAGUUAAUUCAGCGAUGCAAUGGCCGAAAGUAAAUGGAUUAGAAACUAAUGAACGAGCAAAUCAUAAUGGGCCUAAUAUAGUUUACAAUAUUAAAGAAGAGCCUGAAUGCUUUAUAGAGGACACAGAUACAAUUAUGAUGGACUGCGAUGAUACAAUGCAAAAGACGCCAUUUUCUCAGAAUGUAAUACCAGAGCCUUCUGAAACAUUAGUGAACUCGCAGAUUUCGCAACCAUAUUAUUCUAGAUCAUCAUUAUCUUUACGUGAAAAUCAAUUCAAUCCAUCAUAUUUGUCGUUACAUGAUUCAAUUCAUGCGCCAGAUAAUAGAGACAAAAAAUUGGAUGGGAAUAAUCAAAAGAAUAAUAAUACAAUGACGAGAAAAAUAAUGCCAUCUACGGAUUAUUCAAAUCCUAAAAAAUUCUUGAUGAAUUAUGAUGAUACGAAACAGAUAUCAUCGCAUCCUGCUAAUAACAAAAUUAACCGAGAAGCAGAAGUAAUAUCAAUGAUGCUAUUUACAACACCAACAAUUUCUAAAAACUUGUUGGAUAAAACUAUUGAAACUUCUCAUAAAUAUCUUGUGAACAAAAUCAUGGUAAAUCUUAGCAACACACUUCCACCUGCAAUUUUAUUUCAUUUUCAAAAAUGUUUUGGGAAAGAUUGGAAUUAUAUCAUACAAGAACCACAGCCCUGGUCUUUGAACACAAUGAUAAAAUUCAUAGACCGUUACUGGAUGACAGUUUUUUCUGAUGUAUUUCAUCAAUCUCGCAAGAUCAAAGAAGUCAUCAUUUCCAACGUUUUAGAUUUUCUGCGUGUUUAUCAACGUUCAGGUGCUUCUAGCUUUACCAUACAGGAUGUGAUGCAAUUCAUACAAAAUUCCGAAUUAAUUUUGAAGAUGGUUUAUGAUGAUAUUGAAGAAACGAUUGAAUCAAUCUCUGAACGAGAACAGCUUGUUAAGAAUUGGUGGAGUGAAUUUGAGCAUUCUUUCCGAUUUGACAUGACUGGAACGUAG